CUCUGGGCUUUUCCAGAAAGGCCUGAAGCCAGUCUUGCAGAGGGGUUGGAGUGGACGUUGGAUGACGGAACCCUGGGCCACGCGGGGUCCUGGAGAGCCAAGGGCUGGAAGUAUCAGCCAUGGCCUACCAGGAGAAGCCCCUGGGGGCUGGUCUCCCGUGUUGGUUGGUUGCAGGGGGUGCCCGCUGAGGUGCGGAAACGCAGCCUCCAGUUCUUGGACAACCUUAAAGCUUCAAGUCCCCAGAAGACUCUCCAAAUCACAGAAGCUCCUAUUGCAUCUGAGAAUUUAAAACCUGAGACCAUUGAGCUCAAGGAAACCCAAGGGUUUCAAAGCCCAGCACCUGUGGAAUGUAAGGCCCUAUCCGCCAGCUCUGUGAUCUUGGGCAAGUUGCCCGACUACUUCGUGCCUCCGUUUUCCUCAUCUGUAUGACGGCCAUGAUGACGAGAUGGACCUCCAAGGGGUGUGAUGAGGACCGAACACAAUCGACUGUGAGCAGUGUUCAGUGCUGUGUCUAGCACAUGGAAAAUUCGAGAUAAAUGUCAGCUCCGGGGACUAUGGCGGACACUUGGACUCCUAAAUCCUUCGGAACUGGGAUUUUUUUGAAGCAGAAAAUCGCAGAGGCUGAGGGCCUCAGAAGCAUCAGGCCACGGUGUCCCUUACCAUGAGAGGGUUGGGAUCCAAAUGGGCCUCUGGGCUUUGUGAGGAUGGAGGCAUUAAUACUGGGGCCUGGUUGGGACCUUCCCUAUAGAUGAGCGUCUAGGUCAGAGAUCUCAGGCCCUAAGAUGUGAUGAGGCAAGACUUUUCUCUCUUUCCUCACUCAGGGAUGCGCAGUGGGUUCUGGGAGCCAGUGAUUCUCAGACUCUUGGAUUCUGUGAAUUGUGGAGGGUAGGGAGGGACUCUCUGCUUUUUUCUUCGUGAAGUAACUUCCAUGCCCCUUCCUUGGGAAGAUGAGUUGCAAGCUCCUGAUCUCUGGGCAGUGAGAGCAUGACAACCAUACUGAUUCCACUUGAGGGGAAACUGAGGUCCAGAGCAGAGCAAGGCCUCUGGAAACCCAGCCCUAUACCGUUUCUUUUCCUGGCAUUUCCCAUCCACACAUAGCAUCUCAGUUCCUCUCUUCCUUUCCCUAGGGACCCUCAAAUAUCCUCUCACUCACAGACUGGUGUUUCUGCCUGCCUGGGUUGCCCCUGUGAUUUAUUUGAGUUCUUUUUCUCUUUUUUUCUAACUCUACACACUUUUGUUUAAAAAACUGUGGUUUCUCACGAGCCCUGUUAUCUCAUUGAUACCUCUCACCUCUGUAGUGAGGGGAAGAAAUCAUAUUUUCAGAUGACUCGUAAAGGGCAAAGAAAAAACCCAAAAUUUCAAAAUUUCCGUUUAAGUCUCAUAAUCAAGAAGAGGAGAAACAGAGCGAGAGAGAGAGAGCGAGAGAGCAAAAACGAUGAGAACCCCCCCCACCCCGUGAUUAUCAGCGUACACACUCAUCGAAAAAAAAAAUUGGAUUAUUAGAAGAGAGAGGUCUGUGGCUUCCACACCGUGGUUUUUCUUCUCAGUAUAAAAGCAAAGUUGUUUUUGAUAUGUGACAGUUUCCCACAAGCCGGGCUGAUCCUUUUCUGUCAGUCCACUUCACCGAGCCUGCCCUUGGACAAGGACCCAAUGCCCAACCCCAGGCCAGCCAAGCCCUUGGCCCCUUCCUUGGUGCUCGGCCCAUCACCAGGAGCCUCACCCAGCUGGAGGGCUGCACCCAAGGCCCCAGACCAGCUGGGAGCCAAGGGCCCAGGGACAACUUUCCAGGGCCGGGACCUCAGAGGGGGGGCCCACGCCUCCUCUUCCUCCUUGAACCCCAUGCCACCAUCGCAGCUGCAGCUGCCCACAGUGCCCCUUGUCAUGGUGGCACCCUCCGGAACACGGCUGGGUCCCUCUCCCCACCUGCAGGCACUCCUCCAGGACAGGCCACACUUUGUGCAUCAGCUCUCAACAGUGGAUGCCCAUGCCCGGACCCCCGUGCUGCAGGUGCGCCCACUGGACAGCCCAGCUAUGAUCAGCCUCCCGCCACCCACUGCUGCUACUGGGGUCUUCUCCCUCAAGGCCCGGCCCGGCCUGCCACCUGGGAUCAACGUGACCAGCCUGGAGUGGGUGUCCAGGGAGCCAGCACUGCUCUGUGCCUUCCCAAGCCCCAGUGUGCCCAGGAAGGACAGCACCCUUUCGACUGUGCCCCAGGGCGCCUACUCACUGCUGGCAAAUGGUGUCUGCAAGUGGCCCGGAUGCGAGAAGGUCUUCGAGGAGCCAGAGGGCUUCCUCAAGCACUGCCAGGCAGACCACCUCCUGGAUGAGAAGGGCAGGGCUCAGUGUCUUCUCCAGAGGGAGGUGGUGCAGUCUCUGGAGCAACAGCUGGUGCUGGAGAAGGAGAAGCUGGAUGCUAUGCAGGCCCACCUGGCUGGGAAGAUGGCCACAACCAAGGCUCCAUCUGCGGCAUCAUCUGAGAAGGGCUCCUGCUGUAUCGUAGCCGCUGGCACCCAGGGCACUGCUGGCCCAGCCUGGCCCGGCCCCCAGGAGGCCCCUGACGGCCUGUUUGCUGUGCGGAGGCACCUCUGGGGCAGCCAUGGAAACAGCACAUUCCCAGAGUUCUUCCACAACAUGGACUACUUCAAGUUCCACAACAUGCGGCCCCCUUUCACCUAUGCCACCCUCAUCCGUUGGGCCAUCCUGGAGGCUCCCGAGAAGCAGCGGACCCUCAAUGAGAUCUAUCACUGGUUUACACGCAUGUUCGCCUUCUUCAGAAACCACCCUGCCACCUGGAAGAAUGCCAUCCGCCACAACCUGAGCCUGCACAAGUGCUUUGUGCGUGUGGAGAGUGAGAAGGGGGCCGUGUGGACCGUGGAUGAGUUCGAGUUCCGCAAGAAGAGGAGCCAGAGGCCCAGCAGGUGUUCCAACCCCACACCUGGCUCCUGAACUCAAAGCCAAGGAAAGAAGGAAGGACAGGGGCCAAAAUAGGUGGGUGGAAGCGGCCGGGGACAGAAGUGACCAGCCUUGGACAUGCCUGCCGGGACCAAGAAGCAAGGUGUGCACUGUCUUGCCUGCCAGGGACCCUGCUCCCCAGCUGACUGCCCUCCUGGAUCAUAUGCUCGGCACCAAGCCUGCUCAGAGGGAUCCCAGCCGCCCCCACCUCCCGCCCCAGCCCCCUGUAAUGGGCUCUCCAGCCAAACUGAGCCUUCACAACCAACCACACACACCACCUGCCUUAGUCACUCAGUCACUGUCACAGAUGACCUUGGGGCUGGGAAGGACACAAAGCAUCACAAUCCUGUCCCUGGGACUCGAGGCAAACCCUCAAACAUUCAGUAUACUCAGACCACCUCAAAUCUGUGGUCACACCAACAGUCACACCCAAGCACGGUCCCAUCAACCCACAUGCCCCAAAGCACACACCCACAGGCAGCCUCCAGGCCCACAGAUGCAGCGUCACACGGGGCACGCCCAGACACCUGCACAGCAACAGCCUCGGGACUUUCAAGAUCUCAGGUCCCAGACCUGGUCGUACAUGGUAUCGUGCAGCUCCCGACACAGACGCUCGGUCACACAGACUCUUUAAACUCACCUGCACAUCUCCUGCAUGCAUGCACGCCCGCAUGACACCCCUGGGGGUCUCCUGAGUCCCACGCAGACACCCACGGCCACACACACCAACUCACCAGGUGUACCCAGUGUCUCAACUGCCACUCACCCCCCUCCCCCACCGGGAGCCCUGUGCCCCCAUCCAUGCCUCAGCUUAGACUGCAGACAGAACCCCUCAUUUAUUUGAGAUACAAGGCCCCAACCCCCAGUGCCCUCUGCAAUAAACUGCAGCCGAGCUCCCACA